GCGGUGGUAAGUGUAUGGGACAGAUUCAGCAGUACUGAAGUCAGCUGGGCAGGGCAUAGAGCUGAAGAAACGUAGCAACGCAACUCAUUUCCUGCCAUACAUGAUUUCAUAACCAAAUUUAAAUGCAGUUGUGUAAAUAUCUCAACCUGGACUUCUGCUGAGGACGCUGCUUGAGACAUCCCGUGUUCAGCAUGGCAGGCUAUGGAGAGGUGGACCGCACAGUAAACGCCCUGCGACCCUCCAAGCUCAUAGAGGACGUAGGAGAUGCUACCUCUUCCAGCUCCAGCACCACCUCAGAAUGUGCCAUCUGCCUGCAGAGCUGCAUCCAUCCUGUACAACUCCCGUGCUGCCAUGUCUUCUGCUUUCUGUGUGUGAAGGGUGCCUCCUGGCACAGCAAACGCUGUGCUCUCUGCCGACAUGAAAUCCCUGAGGACUUCCUGGAGCGGCCAGUUCUCCUGUCACCUGAAGAACUGAAGGCGGCAGCUUCCGGGCUGAGCCGAAUCGGAGGGACCGGGGGUGAGUCCCACGAAGACUAUGCAUGGUACUAUGAGGGGCGCAAUGGUUGGUGGCAGUACGAUGAGAGGACCAGCCGAGAGCUGGAGGAGGCCUUCACCAAGGGCAGAAAGAGCACAGAGAUGCUGAUUGCAGGGUUUCUUUAUGUGGCCGAUCUGGAAACCAUGGUGCAGUACCGCAGAAAUGAGCAUGGUCGCAGGCGUAAGAUAAAGAGGGACGUUCUAGAUAUCCCUAAAAAGGGGGUGGCGGGAUUGAGGUUAGAGCCUGAACCUGCCCCUCUUCCUGUUUUACCUGUCGUUGCUUCAGCAGCAACAGAACGUGUCAGCUCAGCUGAUGGAUCGGACUCUGCCAGCCAAUCGCAGUCUUCCUUUCCUAUUAUGGUGUCUUGUCCCCCUAUUAGGCCUCAAACACUACUGGGGCGUCAUCAUCUCACCAGUCCUUUGUCUCCAUCACCUUCAACUCUGGAAGACUCUUUCUCUCAGCUCCUAAUAAGCCAGCCUGAGGGUGAAGAAGUGGAAGGAGACGAUGAGCUGCAGACGUACGACUUUGCGUCCGGCAGCAGUGAGAGUGAGGAGGAGGAGGAGUGCGAGAGAGGUAGAGCAGAAUCAGUGGCACGAAGAAGACAUGGGCAAAGACCGCUAAGAGAGAGCCAGCCAACCAGAAUCCCUCCAAGAGGUGGGCCUUCCAGCUCUGCACUCAGUGUCCGCUCACGUAGUCCUGACGGACAGUGCACUGUGACAGAAGUGUGACUUGACCAUGUGAAAUGUUCUCAAACUCUUCUCAGUUCAGCAAAAAAGUUCAAAAACCAGUGUACAUCUUUAAAAGGUCCCAUGGAAGGAGAAAUACUUUUAUUGUGUUGUUACCUGUGUCACUGGGUGGAUAUUCACCUGUCGAUUGAUGUGCCAAAUAUCAUCCUAACAUGUAUUCGGCCAAUUUUUACAUCCGGUAAUUGUCAGGUUAAUUAAUCCUUGUAAUGUCCUGGGGUCAUUUUUGACCCCAAAUGAAAUCUGCCAUCAAAAUAUGUUUUGUAUUCAUCAAAUAAUAAUCUAAAAAUAAUAAGGGUUGUUCGAUACUAUGCUCUUCAUGAUUAAAAUAAAUUAUUAGAGUAACUUGAUUGGUUUAUGGGUUUUUAUUAAAUUUAAUAACAUGUUGUCAAAUCAUUUGAGGUCAUUUUGACCCUAGAGGACAAAAGGUGUAGGGCAAUCAGGAGGACAUUACAAGGGUUAAAGAUCUCAAUCCACUUUAAUGUAAACUUCAUUUUGUUGGUGGCUCUGAGCUGUGUUCAGACUGAACUCCUGAGAAUAUGGAGAGAGAUAUCAGUGAGCAGGAGGAGGACAAACAAUAGCUGGAAUCAAGUCCUCCAUUUCUGAAUGGUUCGUACGCACCUGACAGUCUAUGGGAGAGUCUCAGCAAAAAUUUUCACUGAAGUUGAAAUAUUUCAUUUUGCAUGGACGCAUACUUGCCCAUGUUCCCUGUCACCCAUAGCAAAUUUGCAUUAGUUUAUAUCUUUGCAUAACUUUGGACUUCUUGGUCUGAAUGCCCCAUAACAGUAGAGAUCUUUGUAGAUCUGUGGGAGUACCCACAUUAGAGGUUACAGCUCUCUCUACACAACUAACAUAAUAGCUAACACCUAUGAUAUGGGAUAAUCCCAUCUUGUCUUUGUUGUCCUCCACUGUUGUGUAAGCAGAAAUGGGUAAAACUGUAGACGAGAUUACGUUUUUGUUUUAAAGGCUUUUAUUAAAUUCUUCUGAACUGUUUUCAGCCAGCAGUAUAUGGAGCAGCGGUGGUUAUGCAAUCUCUCUCAGCAACAGCAGACUUGUUUGUAAAACAAAACAAAACAAAAAAAAGUGAGGAGCUUUGGAAAGUUAUCCAGUCCAUAAACCACCAUCUGUCAUCUGCCUUCGCAUAAGUUGUGACAGCGCAAUACAGCCUCUUUGAAACAAUGAUACCCUGCUCACAAACUCUGUGAGCUCAAUGUAGAUGUGGCUGAUAUUUAUAGUCUCUCUUUUAGUGAUGGUGUAAAAAUCAAGCCUAAAUGUAGCACCUUACAUACGAGUUACAGAGGAUUAAAAUUGCUUAAUUGCUGUGGUAAUUUUUUAAAUUUUUUUUUUAAAGCUUAAUCAGGCUCUAAUAAUUAGCUAUUUGAGUUUGUGUGCGUGUGUGUGUGUGUAUGAGGAGGAGGGAGGCCACAUUCCCCCCGUUUUAGUGUGAAAGUCUUGUUUUAAUAAUGUAAUAAUGACGUGUUUGUUUUGUCGUGAGCACCAUUGGGUGCUGAAAAGCUACUGGCAGAACCACUGGAAAGUGUUAGGUUAUAUAUGUAGAGAGACACAUUUGGGUUUCUAUUUCUUGUCAUAGGGCUACUAUCAAAGCUUUGGCAGUGAUCUGUACUUGGAUGGGCUCACACUGUGUUCACACGCUCUGUCCCCCACCCGCUGUUGCCUUUUUUUUUUUUCCUUUUCUCCAGCUG